AUGGCGAUCGAUGCGGGCGACACCGCGUUCAUGAUCGUCUCCAUGGCGCUCGUGAAUCUCAUGACCCCGGGACUGGCUUUUUUCUACGGCGGGCUCGUGCGAAGCACGAAUGUGUUGACCAUCAUGUUGCAAAAUUACGUCUCGAUGGGUCUCAUCACCGUGGUUUGGGUCGCCUGGGGGUACUCCCUGUGCUUUGGACACUCGAAGAACGGUGUGAUUGGGAGCGCGCGAUCGCAUUAUUUCUUGGAGGACAUGGAUAACGCGAACGAUUACGGCGGGAGCGUGCCCGAGCUGGUGUUCGCGGGGUUCCAAGGGAUGUUCGCCGUCAUCGCGCCGAGCUUGAUGACGGGUGCGUUCGCCGAUCGCGUGCGAUUCGUCCCGUACGUCAUCUUCAUCUUGGUUUGGGUGCACUUGGUGUACUUCCCGUGGGCGCACUGGGUGUGGGGCAACGGGUGGGUCGCUCGACAAGGCGUGAAGGAUUUCGCCGGCGGCAUCGUCGUGCACACCACCGCCGGUUUCUCCGCGCUCGCCACCGUCUUCGCUCUGCCGCACAGAAAGAAGCUCGAGGGCGAAGAACUCGACACGAACCCGCACAAUAUUCCGUUCGUUGCGCUCGGUACCGGUCUUCUUUGGUUCGGCUGGUUCGGUUUCAACGGCGGCUCCGCGCUCGCCGCGAAUGGCGACGCCGCGCUCGCCGCGAUGAACUCUGAAAUCUCCGCCUCCGCCGCCUUGUUCUGCUGGCUUUUGCUCGAAUGGAAGAUGACGGGUAAGCCCACGCUUGUUGGUGCGUGCGUCGGUGCCAUCGCGGGUUUAGCCACCAUCACCCCGGCCGCCGCCUACGUCAAGCCCUGGGCCGCCCUCGUCAUCGGCUGCUUGUGCGUUCCGUGGUGCUACGCCUGCGUCGAGCUCACGCACAAGUACAGUCUCGACGACGCGCUCGACGUCUGGGCCGUCCACGGUAUGGGUGGUCUUUUCGGUACGCUUUGCAUCGGCAUCUUCGCCAACAGCGACAUGACUGGGGGCGCGUUUGAAGCCGGCGGUGCGCUCUUUGGCAAGCAACUCCUCGCCGUCGUCGGCUGCGCCGUGUACUCCUUCGUCAUCGGCUACGUCACCAUCAAGGCGAUCGAAAAGGUCAUGCCGGUUGUUCCGGGCGAUGACGAACGCAAGGCUGGCCUCGACAUCUCCAUGCACGGCGGCAAGGCGUACAACGAAGACUCCAACUCAAAGAGGGGUUCCCAAAACGUCUAA